GAAGUGAUUUCACACACACUACAAAUCCCAGGUUGCCUUGCGCGUUGCGGCCUGGGAGUGGCUGCGCAUGCGCAGUGUUGCUGCCGGAGGAAGCUUGAGUACUUUGGUUACAUCGCCUGGCGGGUGCGGGCACUUCCCUUGGGGUAGAGAGCAGCGAGAAGAACAAAGCAUAGCUAAAUAUCUGAAGAAGCCCACUGGAAUCUGCAGAACCAUGAGCCUUCAAAUUCAUCAAGACAAGUACAGGGACCUUGAUGAAGAUGAGCUGCUUGGAAACCUGUCUGAAGCUGAUUUAAAACAACUAGAAACUGUCCUAGAAGAUUUGGAUCCUGAUAAUGCGCUGCUGCCAGCAGGAUUCCGACAGAAAGACCAGACCGUUAAGAUUCCCACAGGAGCGUUUGACAGAGAUAGCCUGCUGGAAUUCUUGGAGAAGGAUGCACUCUCUAAGAAAGACAGGGAGGACUAUGUGCCAUUUACCGGAGAGAAAAAAGGGAAAAUAUUUGUUCAAAAACAAAAGCCCUUGGACUUCCGUAAAGAAGAGAACAUUUCUCUUGAUCCAGAACUGGAAGAGGCAUUGACUAGUGCUACUGAUACAGAGCUGUGUGACCUUGCAGCUAUCCUUGGAAUGCCCACCCUAUUGCCAAGCAGUGGUACCAGCAACGGUUAUGAUAGUCAAGGAUUCCCCAAUGUGGUCAAAGCAGAACCUGUUAGGCCCAUUUUUGAUGAGCCUCCAAAUCCCACCAAUGUGGAAGAGACCUUGAAAAGAAUAAGAGACAACGACGCACGUUUGACUGAAGUUAAUUUAAACAAUAUUAAGAAUAUCCCUAUUCCAACACUGAAAGAUUAUGCAAAGGCAUUAGAGAAAAACACCCAUGUGAAAAAAUUCAGCAUUGCAGCAACAAGAAGCAACGAUCCUGUAGCUGUGGCAUAUGCCGACAUGCUGAAAGUAAACAGAACUCUGAGAAGUUUUAACAUUGAAUCUAAUUUUGUCACUGGAGCUGGAAUUUUAGCCUUGAUAGAAGCACUGAAAGAAAAUGAAGCCUUGCAAGAGAUCAAAAUUGAUAAUCAGAGACAACAGCUAGGAACAGGAGUGGAAAUGGAGAUAGCACGUCUGCUUGAGGAAACCUCAACAAUUCUGAAGUUUGGCUACCACUUUACACAGCAGGGACCACGGACAAGGGCAGCAACUGCAAUAACAAAGAAUAAUGAUCUUGUGCGAAAACGGAGAGUUGAAGGGGACCGUGAAUAAACAUUAAACCAACCAGGAAACAUUGUUUGGAGAUUUCAAGGUCAUUCCUGGAUGAUCUUCUCCAUUCGGGGGUUAUUUGCCGCGGACUUUGGGCUGGGAAGAAGGGAAGAAUACUGGAAAACUGCAAACCAAUAUCUGAUUGUGCUUGUCAUUCUUUAGUAACUGUGGAAAAAUAUAGCGUCUUUAUUUGAAUUCAAAGCCUUUCCCGAGAAUAAACGUCAGUAACAAAAUCACAGCACCAUCCAAAUUAUGUAUAAUCUUAAAAAGCCUUUAUUAGGUUUCUGGCUUAGAUCUGGAACGAACAACAUUUCAGGCCUGCACGGCCUUUUUUCAAGUGGAAAAAAAAAGUGAUUUUGUUACUGAAGUAUUCAGCCAGUUGGAGUGGACAACCUUGCUCAUGCUCCUUUUUGUCGCGCUUGUGCUGACCAAUUGUUCCCGAGAAUACACUUGCAACAUUCCAUAUGAAGUGACGCCAUGAGGAAAUUGUAGGUAAUCCUUUCUGAGUUUCAGUGUUCAGAUGUUAAAAAAUGUUUUCUUAAGGGAUUGUCAGUAGCUUUUUUUUACCUGUAUGGAGGUCAAAGGGAAUGUCUUCAAGAGAAAUCAUUAUAUAUAACCUGUUCUUAAGUAGGGUUCCAUAUGAAUUCUCCUUUCCUCAAACUGUAGGGGUAAUAGCACAUAGGAGUUUUAUGGAAUUUGUUUUGGCUGCUUAUAUCGGGGAAACAUCAGGAAGACAAAAAGCUUAGAAUAAUAAUAAAAGUCUAAUAAAGUUCUGUGCAAAUUGCCAUUGUGCGGGGAAACACAGCCAGUUUAACCUGUAAAAAAAAAAAUGAUGCCAUCCAUUGAACUGAUCAGCUGCAGGGGCCGUAACCACAGUGUCGUUUUCAGGAUAAAAUUCUCAACUUUGUGUCUGUGACUUUUCCCUGAGACAAAACUCCUCAGGUCCCAUAGGACAACUGCAUAUCGACAUUUAUACAUGAGUGGGAGUAGCGCUGUGGCUUGCCUCUACUGAUAUAAUAACCUGAGAUUUCUCUACAAACAACAAUAGGAAAAGCGCCAAAUAUAUAUGACCACAUGAUGUGCUUUUGCUGUUUUCAUUAGUAAACUAUCUGGCAGGGCAAAAUGCCAGUUUCCACUGUACAUACAGCAAGCUACACUAUAUUGUGUAAAGGAAAAUAAUUGAAAUACAGACUUUGAUUUGCUAUUAAGUCUUUUUUGCCGACUGUAACUAAAGACCUGAAAUAAGAAAGGACCAUUUUACAAUCAAUUUACCCCUAGAUUAAAACAAACGCAUCAAUAUUGAACCACUAUACAACAUCUGACUUUGUAGAUCACUUCUUAAUUUUUGAGCUGCACAAGUUUCUAGUUUGCUUUACUUUACUUGCCAAGAGUUAUACAUUUUCCCAUGAUUUUGUGUGUAAGUAGAUAGAGGUGCUUUAACUAGAUGAACUCCCAUCAGUUAUGGAUACUGUUAUUAGAAUUCAGACCAGGACAACAACCCAGGUAACUAUGGCUGCUAUUUAACUACAGUUCCUUGGAGGAGGGGGGGGGCACAAGGUAGGAAAAUCUAAAGUCUAGCUCUUUUACUGUUUAGUUCAGCAGUAGACACGGCACCAUUUUUAAAAAUUGCUCUAUUAUGCUUUGUGAAGCCCACAAAAGUCUCUAACUCAUAACAGUUUAGUUUCUGCCGAAAUACUCAGGGGUUUCUUGCGUCGACAAUACCCUGCUGUCUCUAUCAGGGAAAUAAAUUCUACCAAAAAUGGUAAGCUACUUCAUUGUAUCAGUGUAUGUAGAUUAACUAUGGAAGGGAUGGCAAACUUUGAUUUAACUGUAACUCCCAGCAGCUCAACUGGUGAGAAACCCCAAAGUUUGCUUGUCCCUAAACUGAGAUUUAUCAUCUUACACGCAGGACAGUUGCACUAUAAAAUGACAGGUGCUGAAAACAGACAAGAGCAAGCAAACAUAUGAAACAUACUAUACUGUUAACUGAAACUUCUCUGCAACUGCAUACACUGUUAGUUACACAUACUACAUUGCAUUGAGAACAUUGCAACAGCAACACCAAUCCUGACUUUAAAUGCUGAAUGUAGAUAUGGUAUAUUUUGUAUUGUCUUCGCUAUAACCCAUUUGUCGUGCCAAACAUUGUUUUCAGGCUAUAUAUAUAUAUAUAUAUAUAUAUAUAUAUAUAUAUAUAUAUAUAUAUAUAUAUAUCUAUCUUAUGUAAAAAAAUUUGCAACUUUUUUUUUCUGUCUGAAACUUCCUUUUUAUUAUUGUUUUGUUCCUUUUUUUUUUUU